AAGUUCCACAAAGAGGAAUACGCAGCCAAGUCGGGAUAGGAACCAAGUUCAGUUAGAGUCUACAAAUGGAAAGAACCCGCCGGCCGUGUUUCUUGAUCGUGUUUUUCUUUCCCUUCCUUCCAGGUUACGAUGAGACAAUUGAAUAGUUAACGGAAUUAGAAAGGCGACAACGACAUGGACCCGUAAUGACAUAUCCCGGCCACUUGCUAUAUUAGUGAGGGGUUCUUCUGACAAAUCUACACAUCACAAAAGUAGCUAGCUAUCCAGGAGGUUCGACAAGAUGUCCACCCAUAACAUCCACCAGUCCUACAAACGGGAGAGGAAAAGCAGUUUCUUAAAGUUGAUUGAGUCCUUUGCCUUGGAAAUCGGCACAUUGAAAAAGGAGAUGUGGAAAAAGCCUGAGACAACAGAAGAACAAAAGACAGAUUCAAUGCAUGGGCUGGGUGAAGAAGUGGGGGGUCUCUUCCUACAAGCAACCCCCUGUGCUGACAUGGGGACUGGACUGGCUGGAGUGAGAGAUUCAGGCUAUGACUCUCUCCAUCGGCGACUCAGUGUUUUGGACAGAUUGAUCAGUACACAUUCUGUGUGGCUCCAACUUGACCUAAGCCAUCAAAAUGCCAUAAAGAUACUACAGAACCAAACAACAGGAACAUUUGUGGUGAGGAAGUCAUCAAGCCUGCAGAAAAAGGUCAUAUCGUUACGCAUGGACAAGAACUCCCCAGUUCCUGUGAAAGACUUUGUUGUCAAAGAGAGCCAGUACACUUUCUCUUUGGAAGCAUCUGGCCUGAGCUUUGCAGACCUGUUUCGUCUUGUAGCUUUCUGCUGUAUCAGCAGGGAUGUGCUUCCCUUUACCUUGAAGCUGCCAGAGGCCAUCGCUUCAGCCAAAACGUCUGCUGAGCUUGUGGAGGUCGCGAAACUUGGAGCAGGUUUCUGGGACACUCAAUUGUGCCAUAAGAGGAAUGGUUCUGCCUUUUUAUUGGGUCCCACAGCUCCAGACAGACCACCUCCACCUGGCCAGCUACCACUCUCAGUUGCACCCACCCCAGGCCGCCCUCGACUUCUAACUCGCACCCCUUCAGAGCUUGAGUGUUGCCAGUCCAAUGGGGCACUGUGCUUCAUCAAUCCUCUUUUCAUUAAGGUUCAUCAACUAGACCGCAACCACAGCCCUAAAUCAAAUUAUUCUGGUUUGAAUAACAAACCUCUAAACCAUAGCACAGAAACAAACACACCGCACUUCAGCGGUGACCAGCCUGAAGGUUGUAACUCUCAUAUCAGUGACAGCAAACUGUCAAAUGAAAACAAAUCUCAUAGUCUUGGCAUCAAUACAGACCUACAAACUCAAAAGAAGCAAAGUGGUGAAGACUCUCCGUCACGGUCUCCACCAACCCGUCCACCCCCACCUCGCUUUGCAACACAGCAAUCAGGCCUUCCUGUCCGGCAACAAAGUAUGCCAGAGAAAAUUUCCUGGAUCAAUGUCCCCAAGGAGAAGGGUGAAGAGAAGGAGCGUAGCAGUAGUCUCUUAUCCCGUCUUGGUUCAUCACUUAGUAUCAGCCCCUCAUCAUCCCCGCCGAAGAGACUCAGCAUUAGCUCCCCUAUUUCCAUCCCCAGGCCUUCUCUGCCCAUCUCUUUAUCAUCCCUAUCCUCCUCGCCUCGAAGGGCCAAAUCGUCACCAUCUUCCUCACUGGAGGAUGUCCAAUGUCAUCUGGCACUAGAGGACAAGACUAUUGAAAAGGCCCUUCUUAAGGCCAAACUAUCCCAGCAGAACGGUGGCAAAGCUUGCAUCCAGCCCUGCAGCAGUCUUCCAGAUUCCUCCCUAAUGACUAUAAGCAAACAAGCAGUGCGAGGAGGAGGUGGAGAAGAAGCAGGAGAGGAAGGCAAGGAGGUUAGCCAGCGUCUGAGUGACAUGAGCAUUUCUACAGAUUCUUCGGACUCCCUAGAUUUCUCUCAGUCCUCACCUUUCUUCCUUCCUCCUCUACAUGACCCAAGUCCACCGACAGUGGCUGAUUUUAACGCCCACCUCCCCCUUUCACUACCCUCGUCCCAUCUUCUUUACUGCAGCAUGGAGGAAGACGAUGACGAGGAGGAGGAUGAAGAUGAAGAGGAGCCUGAUUAUGGUGUCGGCCUGGAGAGUGACCAGGACCAAGACCAGGACCUGACAAUGAUACCGCCUGGGCACAGGAUAAGACGCCGGUCAAGUGCCAGUGCUUUGGUCCUUCAGAAAGCACUUAGAGGUCAUCUGCGCAAGAUGAGUGGUGUUUUUAACUCACUGUUGACACCUGAAAAGAGAGCCAUUCGCAGGGUGGUCGAAUUGUCCAGGGAUAAAGGCUCCUACUUCGGCUCCCUGGUGCAAGACUACCUGAGCUACAUGGGUGAGGGUGCGGGCACCCCGACUUGGCAAAGCUUCGCCUCUGGACUGGAACUACUUCAGACUCUCCGUCAGUUUAUAACUCAGAUGAAGAGUUACCUGCGACAAAGCUCAGAGCUGGGUUUGCCCAUCGAGAGCCUCAUACCUGAAGACCAAAUAGACCACGUCCUAGAGAAGGCCAUGCACAAGUGUGUUCUGAAGCCUCUCAAACCGAUGGUUAGUGCCGCACUACAGGAGUUCCAGGUGCGCAGCGGGGAAUGGCAGGAGCUGAGGGAGAACAUGUCUUUGGCGAAAGCUCGGCAGCCGCAGGACAUGGGUGUGGAUGACAUGGUGCCACCAGAUCCGAUAGGUAUAGAGAAGAUCAAGUACAAGUUUCACACCAUGUGCAAGCUGUACUCUCCAGAAAAGAAGGUCACUAUGCUGCUGAGGGUUUGCAAACUCAUCUAUACCAUCAUGGAGGACAAUUCAGGUCGUCUGUAUGGUGCGGAUGACUUCCUGCCGAUGCUGACCUACGUGUUGGCCCAAUGUGACAUACCACAGCUGGACAAUGAGAUACUUUACAUGAUGGAGCUACUGGACCCUUCGCUGCUUCACGGAGAAGGUGGCUAUUAUCUGACCAGUGCAUAUGGAGCAAUGUCUCUGAUCCGAAACUUCCAGGAGGAGCAGGCAGCCAGGGUGCUGAGCUCUGAGACCAGGAAUACACUCCACCAGUGGCACCAUCGACGCACCACCCUGCACUCUGCGCCGUCCUUUGACGACUUCCAAAAUUACCUGCGGGUGGCGCUGCAGGGACUAGGUAGCGGCUGCACGGCCAAGACCCUCCCUGUCCGACCCUUCGCCACUGUGGAGGAGGUGUGUCAGCUGUGCGCACUAAAGUUCAAAGUGUCAAACCCCGACAGCUAUGGCUUGUUCCUGCUGACGGAGGGCAGCAGUCAGCAGCUGGCACCGGACACGCAUCCUCAGAAGAUCAAGGCGGAGCUCCACAGCCGCCCGCAAGCUCCCCCCUUCUAUUUUGUUUACCGCCGCUUGGCCAAUCGCAGCACCUCACCGUCGACCCCUCUGGAGUCUUCGCCCAGCCCCGACAACCACACUUUGACCUCUGAACACCAGGCCAACCUAAACGACCUCAAUCCGGAGUCACCCGCCCCCUCCCUCGAUUCAGAACUCAAGACUGUCACGUUAAUGGAGACUCCUUAUCAGGAAGACUGCAACUGGACAGCGUCCCUGACCGACAUGCUUCACUGAGACCCAGCGUGUCCGACAGAACGUCGGCUCGUGAGGAGCACAACACCGUGAUUCUACGAGUCCAACUUCUCCUUUUGGAUGUCACACUCGACAUCCUCUGUGCAGAAAGUUUUAUCAGACAGACAAGAUGGAAGGAAGAGCAAUGACAGAAGUGAAAGUUCGUUUUUUGCUUUUUUUUUUUCCCUACUUGGUUCCUGUGAACCAACCAUGACAGGCAACACUUAAUUUUUUAUUAUUUUUUUUUUUGCUCCGAGUCUAAUUACAUAGUGCAUUGUGAUUUAUUGCUACAUUUUAAUUUAAAAUAAGAACACAAUACAUUAGUCAGCAUUACGUUCGACCUAACCACAAGGAGCAGAUUCAAGGUCCAACUGUUGUCGAGUGGGACAUAUAGGGGAAUCUGAUCUGAAAUAGGACACCAAUCUUAUAUCACUGCUGUAAAUAUGCUGUACAGCACCUUGUCAGUCGAUGGGCUCUAAUUAUUUCUUACAGUUGCUGGUAAACUGGUUUUGAACCUGUCUGUUUUGUUUGUAUUAGAGCCACCUUGUGGUGGCUGAGGUGUACUCCCAAGUGUCAGAACAAGGAAAGGGGGGGAUGAGGGGGGGUGGGGGGUAGUCUUGGUGUUUUCACGGCAACCUUCCCGUAUAAAGACUUAGAUUUCUGUAUUUACUCUUAAGUAGAAAUGAAUAUGCUGUGCAUAAACUUGACGUCGUCAUCCUCCUUACUAUGAAUAAGAUAAGUAAUGAAUGCAAGUGUUUGUAAGUGUACAUUAUGAAAAUCAAUGAUUGACAUUGAAUAAACAGUGUAACAGCG